CGAAAUAUGUGCGAUAUGAUGCAAUUGAUGCUACGCUCUUGCAAUUUGUUCAUCCCUCUCAUGUCACUUGGAUAUCCCGAUGCAGGAAUAUUCAGUACACGUUCUCUCUUCAGUGUCUUCUAUUUCUGCCUGAAGAUAAGUAGAAAGGCUCGAGACGACAGACGAGGAAUGCUCUCAGGGGUCUGAGUUUUUGAUUGUGUAGUAUGGCACUCGUGCAUGUCAAUGGAGGGAAGUAAGAAAGAAGGAAGUCCGCGGUUCUCAGACACGUGAAGACUGCAACCGGAGCACUAGGGUUCAUGGAUGGCGCUAGAAAGGACAGGCCUUCAAGAAGGCUUGAAGUUAGAUAGAACGCGGGACGAAGUUCGGAAGAAGUUUACAGUGUGAUCAGUGGAUUUCCGCCCGGAGAAGAUGAGAUGAAAGCUUGAUCAGAGGAAUUGCCGGAGGUCCAAAAGGAUAUAGACCGAAAGCUUCGUAAGGGAGAAAGAAUGUCGAAGCGAAAAUUUGGAUUUGAGGGGUUUGGAAUUACGAAGAAGUCGAGUUUUGAGUUUGAGACCACACCUGCUCCUAGGCGACUUUAUCUUCCAUCUCCCCCUCGAAAAGGUCCGGCAGAUAGUGAAGAUGAUGACGAUUUGGGUAAUAUUCAGUACGACGAGGACGAGGGCGAGCGUAGAUUGUCCAGCAGGAAUUCAAAGGCGAGAGAGGAGGAGAGCUACGACGUUUUUAGUGCAGGUAGGGAUGGGGCCAUGGAAGAGAGCCUGGAGAAGAAUGGAGGAGGCGGAGUUAAAGCAGAUGAUGGAGAUGAUGAGAUCGAUCCCCUCGAUGCUUUCAUGGAAGGAAUCCAUGAAGAGGUGAAAAAGGCUCCUGUAAACCCUAGACCUAAACGGGAUGAGUUGGAGGAUGAAGAAGAUGAUCCCAUGGAAAGCUUCCUCAGAGCUCAUCGUGAUGCCGGUCUGUCUCUUGCGGCAGAGGCUCUUCACGCGGGCUAUGAUUCGGAUGAAGAAGUUUAUGCGGCAGCGAAAGCUGUGGAUAAUGGAUCUCUGGAAUACGAUUCUGACGACAAUCCAGUUGUUACUCUUGAUCGGAGGAAAAUUGAACCUCUUGCUCACCUGGACCAUAGUGAUAUUGACUAUGAACCAUUUACCAAAUUUUUUUACGAGGAAAGUGCUGCAAUUUCAGGUAUGUCUGAAGAUGAUGUGGCAUCUUAUCGUCAGUCUUUGUCAAUCAAGGUAUCUGGGUUCGAUGUUCCACGGCCUGUGAAAACUUUCGAGGAUCUGGGAUUUGAUGGUCCAUUGAUGGGGGCCAUUGCCAAGCAAGGUUACGAGAACCCUACUCCAAUACAAUGUCAAGCUUUGCCGGUCGCUUUGUCGGGAAGGGACAUGAUAGGAAUAGCAAAAACAGGAUCGGGGAAAACAGCUUCGUUUGUCUUACCCAUGAUUGUACAUAUCAUGGAUCAGGCUGAGCUUGCGAAAGGUGAAGGACCAAUAGGAAUCAUCUGCUCACCGACCCGAGAACUUGCUCAGCAAAUCUACUCCGAGACGAAGAAGUUCGCGAAAGCUUACAGCAUUCGUGUUUCGGGAGUUUAUGGCGGCAUGUCCAAGUUCGAACAGUUUAAGGAGCUGAAGGCAGGGUGUGAAAUUGUGGUGGCCACUCCAGGACGACUUAUUGAUAUGAUCAAGAUGAAAGCUGUGACCAUGUUCAGAGGCACGUAUCUCGUUCUAGAUGAGGCUGACAGGAUGUUUGAUCUAGGUUUUGAACCUCAAAUAAGAUCAAUAGUGGGACAGUUGCGGCCAGACCGCCAAACUCUACUUUUUUCUGCUACUAUGCCUAGAAGAGUUGAACGGCUAGCCCGAGAAGUCCUUUCAGAUCCUAUAAGGGUGACUGUGGGUGAGGUUGGAAGGGCCAACGAGGACAUCUCUCAGCUUGUGGCUGUUCUGACUUCCGAUGCGGAUAAGUUGCCUUGGUUGCUCAACAAGCUCCCAGGAAUGGUAGAUGAUGGGGAUACCUUAAUCUUUGCGUCAACCAAAAUACGAGUGGAAGAGGUUGAAAGUAAGCUCGGGCAGAAAGGCUUUAAGGUUGGUGCCCUGCAUGGAGACAAGGAUCAGGCAACUCGAAUGGAGGUCUUGAAAAAGUUCAAGUCAGGCAUUUUCCAUGUACUAGUUGCAACAGAUGUCGCUGCCAGGGGUCUGGACAUCAAAUCUAUCAAGACAGUGGUCAACUACGAUAUUGCGAAGGAUAUGGAUAGUCAUGUACAUCGCAUUGGAAGGACAGGAAGGGCAGGUGAUAAGGACGGUGUUGCCCAUACGCUUAUAACCAGUAAGGAGGCACGUUUUGCUGGAGAGCUCUUGACCUCCCUCAUCGCUGCGGGACAAAAUGUCCCGAUGGAGCUGAUGGAUCUUGCUAUGAAGGAUGGACGCUUUAGAACCCAACGCGAAGGCAGAAGAGGAGGUGGUGGUGGUGGUGGUAAAGGAAAAGGACGAGGAAGAGGUCAUGGAGGCAGAAGUGGCGGCGCAGGGGCUAGUGGUGGCGGUGGUGGGCGAAGUGUGCGAGGUGUGGAUUUUGGUAUGGGAAUAGGGUAUUUCCCAGAUGCCGCCGGCAGAACAAGCGCUCCUUCCAUUAAACCCAAACCAAGCCAGCCUUCCACGUAUUCCAGAACCUCAGGAAGUAGUGAAGUACCUACUCGUGGGGCGGCUGUGGAUGCUCUCAAGGUGGGUAUGAUGGCUAGAUUUAAGAACAGCUUUGUCGCAGCAACGCCAGGAGCAGGACCUGGUUCAGGAUCAAGUUCAAAUUCUUUCUCAACAGCAGGUGCUCCUGCCUCAGUCCCAGUUCCAUCUUCGCAAGGGCAGGGGUAUGUUGGUGCUGUCGGUAGUGCUGGAAAAGGUUCUGGAUUUGUUUCAGCCGGUGCUCUAAGCAGUGGUUUUGUUGCUAUUCCUGGUAGUUUAAACACUGAUGGAAGAGGAAGUCAGGAUGGAGGACGGCCACAAACUGCAGGUGGUACAGAACUUCGCUCGAAUGCGAGUAACUCGUGGGGGGGUGUGAAAGCAAGUGCUGCUGUCGGGGGUUUUGUAGCCGCGGGUUCGAGUGGAGGGGCCGCCGCAAGGAGCACCCAUGGUUUGCACGCUAGCAGUAUGGUCUUUGAAAGAGAUGGUAGAAAUGAUGCAGGCGUAUCGGCUUCUGCUCAACCCGGUCAAAGUAGUUCGGGUGACAGAGAAAGAGAUCGAGAUUACGAGAGUGGGAGAGACCGGGAGCGCUCCAGAUGGGAUCGUGAUCGGGGUGGGGGUGACAGGGACGAAAGGAGGGGAAGGAAUUCUCAUGAUAAAGACUCUGAGGGAGAUCCUGGAAGGAGCAGGGACAGCACAGAGACAAGGGACAAGUCAAGAGCAAGACGUCGGCCGUCUGGAUGGGAUCGAUGAAGACCUAGAGCUGCAAAUCUGAAAGACUAAACAUUUUUUCUAGCUUGAAGACUGGACUUCGGCAAAGUCUUUCAGCACAUUGACACCUGCUGCACCCUGCAGUUCUGACCUGCAUUCGUGGACAGAGGCAUUUGCGGAAGAAAAAAUACGCUGUGGGUUGGCCAGUACCAUCUGGAGAAAGGUGACAGCUGUUUAAUCAAUAGCACUACCUUCACAUUAGAAGGCUCUGCCUCGGUGACCGCGUGAUUCCGAAGAUAUGAAGGUUUUUCAGGAGACUUAAGCCGACUAGCUUUGGAAUCUACGUCUUUGAGGGUCGACGCUAAGACGCACUUACUUUUUGUAAACACCUUCCAAUAAGAUUCAGCCGGCUGCUUGUCUGGGGCAAUGCAGGCAGCUUUGUACCGUUAUGGAUUCAAAUGACAUUGCUAUGAAUGUACGCACAUUUUUCUUGAUGAAGUUCUGUACUCAGGAUGAGAUGAUUUUUUGUAACUUUCUGAGUAUUUGGCCAUGUUAGUUAAGUACUUUAUACUAGAUUGUCAAGCUUCUCCAUGUAUGCCUUUGAUCAUAUUAGUCUCCGGAUAUACACUCGUCCAUUUACACGAGCGAUAAUCAUGACUGUUUUAGUUC